AGCCUCCAGAAACCUGCCCAGGUAGUCCAGGAAGUGAAAGUUAUGCACUUCGAAGAGGUUGGGAAGCCUUUGAUUAAAUUCAACCACUGUAAGAAAUCCAUCUACACCUUCAGGGUACCCCGAUGCUGCCCCCUCUGCCAGCAGGACAUGGGCUCUGCCAAGCUGGAAGACGCACCUGUCAGCAUCUCAAACCCACUUUGCAAUGGGCAUCAUGAAAGAUGCUCCUUCCUCCUCAAGCCCACCCAGGGGACAUUUCUCAGGGAGUAUGACGGAAGGUCUGACCUUCACGUUGGGAUCACUAACACAAAUGGGGUCGUGUAUAAUUACAACAUGCACGGGGUCCAGCGAGACGAGGUAGGUUGGGAGCAGUGUCUAAGCGUCCCGCUAGUGCAGCCCAGCAUGUUUGGACUGGUGGACCAGUGGGAUAAGUACCUGGAAGACUUCUCUGCCACGGCAGCCUGGCUGCCUCACAGGUAUGAAGAAAACCACCAUAACUGUUACAGCUACACCCUCACCUUCAUUAACUGUGUCCUUGCCACCGAGGGCAAAGAGCAGCUGGACAAGACGGAGUUCACAGAGAAGUACGUGAUCCCAAGGACAAGGCUGGCCUCCAAGUACAUCACACUCUACCGUUCCAUUGAGGAGAGGGGCUUCCAUGUGACUGACCAUUCUGACCCAGGGACAAGUCUUUCUUAAGGAAGCAGUGUAUGCUGAGUGCUUUGUGUAAGGGCAGAGGGGACUGGACACUCAGGUGUCAGCACCCUUAAAAAGUAUUGCAGAUUUCUAGAUACAUUUAACUGUGGUUAAUAAUAAAAAAAAGUGCAUGGUUUUCCUUUGAGAAUAGUAUAAAAAUUAAUAAAAUUAAUAAAACUGGCAAGCUAAGAGUAUAGCUCAAUGAUAGAGCACUUUCCUAGCAUGCAAGACAUCCUACUGUCAGUGCCCUGCACUUCAAAAAGAACAAAUUGCUUUGUUUUCACUUUUGUUUGUUUGUUUGCUGUUUGCUGGAUAAGGUCUCACUCUAGCCCAGACUGACUGACCUGGAAUUCACUAUGAAGUCUGAAGUGGCCUUGAACUCACGGCGAUCCCCCUACCCUUGCCUCUAAAUGCUGAGAUUAAAGGCCUGUGCCACCAUGCCUGGCUUUGCUUUGUAUUUUAAAGAUUACAUGCACUACCACUAAAUUA